UCGGGGAUUAUCCAUUUAUCACAAAUUCUUGAAUCUGCGAUAUACGUGUUCCAUUUAAGCAUCCAACUACCCAGUGCUUUCUUCUCCUAUGAACCUCGAUGUUUCAUCGACCAUCCCCGGACAUUGACGAAUCCUCCCAUCUACUGCCCCAAAGCCAUAGAACCUUGUUGACACUCACGACGAUAAGUCUCAAUCAGUUGGUUUAGGCCCAAUCAGAUUUUGCGAUGGCUGCUGUUCAUAGCUUUGAUGAGUCCUCCCUGGGUCUCGAUUCGUGCAUGGCGUCGGCCCGAUCGGACUUCUUUGGCGACAUCAAGGACGAAAACAGCACGCAGAUAAAUUGGCAAGAGCCCGAUCAAUCCCUAGAUUUUGACGACUUGCCAGUGGCACAACUGUUCCAAGAUUGCGAUGGUGCCAUCACACUGAUUGCCGAGGAGGAUUCUGUGUCUCCUUUAAAACUUGAUGGCGCCGUAGGGGGACAUCAACGCUAUCCGAACAUGGGCGACAGAUUGACAUUAGCCCAACUCGAGCUCGAGCCAUCUACUCAGCCUGUUUCCAACCUGUUCGCAGAGCCGAGGAGGACUCCCCAUGUUAUCAAAACCGAGAUACCCAUAGAACCGCACGCGCCGUCCUCGAUACCGUCCGGAUCACCAACAUCCCCAACGCACACCCGCAGAGCAUCAGACUCCUCUACAAGCAUCAGCACCGGGAGAGACCGAUCGAGUCGAGAGGCUGACAGCGGGUCGAAAACCGGACAUCAAUCAGCCAGGGCGAAACACCUCGAGAGGAACCGGCACGCUGCGAGGAAAUGUCGAAGCAAACAGAAAAAGGAGCAGGCGGAACUGGUGGAGGUGGCUAGGGAGAUGGGAAUGAAAAACAAGUUGUUGAAAUCAGAAGCAGAGUUGUUGAAGAACGACCUGCAUAGUCUGAUGAAUGAGGUGAUCCAGCACUCUUCCUGUCCUGACUCGAGGCUAUCAGCGUAUGUGCAAAGAGAGGCAGACAAAAUAGCGAAGCUGGGUAGCUCAAAGGAAUCAAAGAUUGGGAUACAUAUAGGACGCACUGGGACGUAGCGCUAGUGACGGCGUUUGGGCAUCCAGAGAAACUGCAUUACUAUGUAGAGUCCCUCAGGGGUUCUGGUGUGCUGUAACCCGAUGGGCGUUCAUUAUUCAUACAACCAGAUCUUCCAGACUUUACAUCAACGAAUCGAUGGCAAUGAUUGAAUUUUCGGAAGUAAGUAGGGACGAGAAGAGCGAGGUGUACAGCGUUAAACAUCAUAAGAUAUCUUCAAUUGUCUUCAAAGGCGCCAUGUUUGUGUAGCGAAUAUAAGAUGAUAAAACAUUCACAUACGCACAUGAAAUAU